GCCACCUCUUUGAAUGUAUCGUUCCGUUUGUAGUUAAGAUGUUGGACUUUUUCGUGAUCAUUACAAAAGGCGGGAUUCGUUUAUGGUGUUUCCCCGGAUCAAUAGAUAUGUUCAGGUUAUCAAUAAAUACAUUCCUCAAAUCCCUCAUAUUAGAGGUUAGUUUUGUGUGAUUUAAAGAAUCAUGUUCUAUAGGAGAAUGCUGGUCGCUCGCCUUUUGUUUGCGACUCUAGGGCUAUGAAAUUUUAUAUGGAUAAUGAAUUCAAUCUGUUAUUUGUUGUAAGUUGUGUUGACAAAGUGACUCUUUCAGGCCGCAUAUCAAAAUGUUCUUCAAUUAAACUAUGUGGAUAAGUUUUUGACAGACAUAGCUCUGGAAUUUAGGGAUAAGUACAAGAACAAACUAGUUAACCAUGACAUAAUUGGAUCUUACGAAGAAUUUUUGCCUAUUUAUCAAGCUACUCUGAAGCGUACUGAAGACGAGUUUCGGGACCUUCGUAAAAGUGCCAAGUAAACUCAGUUUUUGAUUCAUAUAGCUUUGUAGACAGAUGCGGAAGUUUGAGGAUUCUGAUAAGUCAAAAAAGACUGUCGCCUCUAUGAUUGUCCGAAAGGGUAAGAAUUCCGAGUGUGAUGUGAAAGAAAUUCCUGUCGCCCAAAAGCAAAGUCUUGUUUCUGAACCCAAAGUGGAAGAAACUCCAGUAAAUGGCAUCGACACUUUUGAACAAAAUAGACUUCGACUGGCUGCUAAGUUUAAGGGAUCAAAAAAAAGUAAAGAAUCAAAAAGCCCUUCAUUGUCACCUAUGCAAAAACCUAAUGGUAAAAAAAUCAAAGAAAGCCGUCGGUGGGAUAAUUCAGCAACUGGUGAGGAGGCAGCAGCUUUGGAUUUUAGUAUUAUGAAUCAUACAGAGUCAACAGGAAACCAAAAAGCUGAUUAUAACUUUUCUGCCACGGAAAUAGAAACGCUAUCUCGUCUCCGUGGGACAAUGAAAGAUGAUUUAGAUGAAGUUGAUGUCUCUUCAGGUGAUGAAGACCUAGAUGAUCUAGAGCUUAAAGAGAAUGAAUCAGUUGAACAGAAUGGUUUACCAACCGACUCUCAAUUUCAAAAGAGUUCACCUGAUAAUAAACAAACAAAGUCAGGUUAUCUCAAUGGUGGCUUUGCCUCAAGUUUAUUGCGUGGUUUACGCAUUACUGGUGGUUCUGGGCGUGUUUUAACUCGAGAAGAUAUUACACCUUGUCUUGAACAACUUAGAGAACGUCUUGUUGGUAAAAAUGUUGCUAUGUCAAUCGCUGAUAGAGUUUGUUCGAACGUUGCUGAUCGUCUUGUUGGCACAUCACUUGGAACAUUUGAAAGAAUUUACCCUCGUGUCCGAGCUAGUUUGGAAGAAGUUUGUUCUCGAAUUUUAGUUUCUGGUCGCCGCGUAGAUGUUCUUCGUGAUGCACUGGAUGCGCGUACUCAAGGAAGACCAUACAGUAUUGUUUUCUGUGGUGUUAAUGGUGUUGGAAAAUCGACAAAUCUGGCAAAGAUCGCUUUUUGGCUUAUCGAGAAGAAUUUCCGUGUCCUUAUAGCUGCCUGUGAUACUUUUCGAUCUGGUGCUGUUGAACAGCUGCGUACACAUGUACGUAAAUUAAAUUACAUUCAUCCAGCUGAUCAGCAUGGUGGUCAAACUAUGGUUGAGCUGUAUGAGCAAGGAUAUGGUCGUGAUGCAGCCUCAAUAGCUCGUUCUGCAAUUAACUAUGCCCGUGAUCGACACUUUGAUGUUGUACUUGUGGACACAGCUGGGCGUAUGCAAGACAAUGAGCCAUUAAUGCGUGCUUUAGCUUCGCUGAUUCAAACCAACCAACCGGAUCUUGUGUUGUUCGUUGGUGAAGCGUUGGUUGGUAAUGAAGCAGUUGAUCAAUUAGUUAAAUUCAAUCAAUCACUUGCAGAUCAUAGCUAUUCUGAUCGCCCUAGGUGCAUUGAUGGCAUUGUAUUGACUAAAUUCGACACAAUUGAUGAUAAGGUUGGAGCUGCUAUUUCUAUGGCAUGUAUUUCAAAUCAACCUAUUGUAUUUGUUGGUACAGGUCAAACUUAUUCUGAUCUUCGUCAAUUAUCAGUAAAUGCUGUUGUUAAAGCUUUAAUGAAAUAAAUUACUUUCAUAUACUUUAACCAAUAUUUGUCAAUGGUAAUUGUCAGCAAUAUCAUUGUGUGUGUAUGUUAUUUGAUUGAUUUUGUUUGUUUGUUUGUUUUUCUUCUUUUUUCUGAUCCCAUAUUUUAUGAUUUCAUGUCUUGAAUGAUUUUUUUCCUUUCUUUUUUUCUCUUGAAUUCCCCCCCACACACAUUCAUGGAUUACUUUCAAAAGAGAGAAUACACUGGACAAAAUGUUCUUUUCGCCCGCUUCAUUUUUCUUCAUAACCAUUAUUUAGUAAAUGAAAUUACAAUGUUUAGCCUAUCUUUUAUUCAAUGUCAUAUUACUAAUAAAGAUGAAUAAGUAGUAUUAACGGUUUUAUUUCUAAUUUUCUUUACCAUUCUAUUGUUGUGUGUAUAUGAGCUGAGCGAGAAAGGGGGAGAGAAGGAAGAUACAUAUUAUUGUUCAUUGUGUAUGUUCCCUUUAUUAUUUCCUAUUUUCUAUUUAUGUAUUGUAUGAUUCUGUUGUUAUUUUUUUCCAUUAAUGUUUAUGUGAUAUAUACAAAUAUAUACAUUCUGUUCAUUGGUGUCCCUGUAUGAAUGUAUUUUUAUAGAUUAAAUAUACAAACCUUGAAAGUUCUUUUCUUUUUUCUUCUAUGGUGAAUAGUACUUGUAUCAUAUUAAUUUUAUGUACUAACUUCAUGUUAUUCAACUUAAAUUGUUCUAUUCAUUCCUCUAUAUCUUCUUGAAAUUUAUCUUUUCUGUCAUAAACAUAAAAUAAAAGAGCCGAUUAAGAUUCGUUUUUUCUUGAUCCCAUAGUUAACCAUAGGUGUUUGAUUUAUGGGUAUUUAGUUAGUACUUUGAUGUGUUUUGACUUAGUUACAUGUUUAAAUCUGUUUUAUAUCUAUGUAAGUUGUAAUUGUUGAGUUAUAUCAUUUGUAAUCAUAAAUACACAAGUAAAUAAUAUCUGAUUAAAUGUGAUUGUAGUCGGAUACAAAGAUUCCAAUAUAAAUAGUUGCUACCAUGUAAUGAUAGCUAUACUUGCACUAUGUUUUACAUUACCACUUAAUGAAAAGUAAUGCAGUUUCAAUCGAAUCAUAUGAUGAAACAAUUUCUCAGUUUGAAUAUGUUGCCAACAGCACAAUUUUAUUUCUAAUAGAUAACCUAUCUAUAAGUUGAAACUUC